GUUGCAUAUUUAUAGCUAUUUUUGUUUACUUAUAUCUUGAUAUCUGCAAUAUUUCUCAUUUAUAAAAUAAUUUUAUGCAAAGUAGAUAAUUAUUGAUACUUCUUAUUGCAAUUUUAUGAAAUUUAUCGUAAGUAAUCGUGAAAAAUAGUAAAUUGUUAAACUCUGUGUGAUAAAGAGGAUACAAAAUGGGUAGCACUGACAAGGCUGUGAUCACGGGGUUCAUAUGCAGACUUUGCAGCAAGAUGAAUCGUUUUGUAAUUCAUAUUUAUGGUGAGGAAGGCGAGAGAAUGAAACUGGCUGAUAAAAUUAACGCUUACCUGCCAAUUACGGUGAACGCAAACGAUCAGCUGCCAAAAACUGCUUGUCUGCAUUGCAUCGAACGAUUAGAGGCUCACCACGAGUUAAUGGAACAGUUCAUGUUUGCAAAACGGAGAUUAACAACAGGGAAUAGACCAAACACCAUACCUUCCAGCUCGGUGACAAAAUCCGCGGAUACAACUGCUUCGGCAAGUUCACCUCCGUGUUGACGCGCACAAACGCCCUUUCGAAAAUUUCUAAAUAAUCCAGAUAAGUAAAUUCGCGAGUAAACCAAAAUUUAUUCCGACAAAAAUUAAACAAAAUCAAGUGGAGCAUCGACGCUUUAAAACAUUUUUUGCAGUAUGCUGUUUUGACACACUUGGAUCA